CACUUCCCAACAUGCAUGCGGAGAUCUCUGCACAUGCUCAAGGCAGGGAGGGGAGCCCGGCUGUUCCCCAGGCACUGCCAACCUGGGACUUCCCUUGUCGUACCGGAGACACCCAGGCGAAAAUGGCUGCGAAGGGCUCCCAUGCUUACCUGAAGCUGGAGGGGGAGAUCGAGAGGUGCCGGGCGGAGUGUCAGUGGGACAGGCUGCCCGAGCUGGUGAGGCAGCUGCUGCCGCCAGCGGCCAGCCCCCCGCGGAAAGGGGUCACGGACGCGCAGGACUCCGUGGACUAUGGGAAUCUGCUGCUUGCAGAGGCCCUUCUGGAGCAGUGUUUAAAAGAAAACCUUGCCAAAAUAAAGGACUCCAUUCCAUUAAUGGAAAAGAAUGAGCCAAAAAUGAGUGAAGCCAAAAAGUAUUUGACUGGUAUUCUAAACAGAGGAAAAUUACUACCUAAAUAUAUGACUGAAGCAGUGUUGAUCCUUGGGAAGCUCCAUUAUGUGGAGGGAUCCUACAGGGAUGCAGUCAGCAUGUAUGCCAGAGCAAGAAUUGAUGACCUCUCCAUAGAAAAUGAACCUUUGUACCAUCUGCGCCUGGUGACUGAAGCAUUUGUUAUCAAAGGUCUGUCACUGGAGCGCUCGCCCAAUUCGAUUGCCUCCCGUGCUCGGCUGUCCGAAAGGGAAGAGGAGGUCAUGGCUUGUUUUGAGAGAGCAUGUGUCAUUGCACAAGUGUACUUGCAGGAACUUGAGAAGACCUCACAUUCAAGAAGCAUAAAAGGCAGCAAUGUGACUUUCUCUGACUUCGAACUUCCCUAUUUCCUGGAAGCAGCUCUACAGAGUGCAUAUGUGUCUCACUUGAAGAAAGGAAACAUUGUGAAAGGAAUGAGGGACCUGCGAGAAGUAUUACGGACUGUGGAAACAAAAGCUACUCAGAGCUUCAAAAUGACAGCAGCCAAACAGCUAGCCGAAGUGCUCCUCCACUCCUUGAGUGAAGACUGUUACUGGAGCCCCUUAUCUGAUCCUCUGCCUGAGUUCAUGAACAAGGAAGAUAACUCUUACGUUAGCACUCUUCUUCGGCGGAGACCCCAGCUAUACACAGGAGACAACCUGUACUGCCCUCAAGACAACAUAGAAGAGGCUCUUCUCCUUCUGUUAAUCAGUGAAUCUAUGGCGAACAGAGAUGCAGUAAUUAGCCGUGCCCCUGACCAGAAGGAUGAUCGAACUGUCAGCCUCCAGGAUGCUUCUGCCGUGUAUGACCUUCUGAGUAUCACGCUGGGCAGAAGAGGGCAGUAUGUCAUGCUUUCUGAGUGUCUGGAGCGAGCAAUGAAGUUUGCGUUUGGUGAAUUUCACCUCUGGUACCAGCUGGCCCUUUCCAUGGUGGCUUGCGGGAAGUCGGCAUAUGCUGUGUCGGUGCUCAGAGAGUGUGCUAAACUGCGUCCUGCAGAUCCCAUGGUUCCUCUUCUGGCUGCUAAGGUCUGCAUUGGGCCACUGCACUGGCUGGAGGAAGGGGAACGUUUCGCCAAGAUGGUGAUAGAUCUAGGAGAGGAUGCUGGAGAGUUCCUAGCUAAGGGGUAUCUUGCCUUGGGUCUGACAUACAGUCUUCAAGCUACUGAUGCUACCCUGAAAUGCUCUCAAGACAAAUUGCACAAGAAAGCCCUUCAAACUUUGGAGAGAGCACAUCAGUUGGCCCCUGAAGACCACCAAAUCAUCCUCUACGUCUCGUUGCAGCUGGCUCUUGUCAGACAGAUUUCUGAUGCUAUAGAACACCUUCAGGAAGCACUGAAACUGUGCAAAGAUGAUAUGAAUUCACUUCAUCUACUGGCUCUCCUUUUUUCAGCCCAAAAGCACUAUCAGCAUGCGCUCGAUGUCAUCAACAUGGCUCUCGCUGAGUACCCAGAGAGCUUUAGCUUACUCUUCACCAAAGUAAAGCUAGAACGGGUGCAUAAAGGACCUGAAGAAGCUCUAGUGACCUGUAGACACAUGUUGCGUAUGUGGCAGAUGGUAUAUAACUUUUCACAGCACAGUGGCUCUGAGAAAGAAAGCAGUGUGACUGAAGUGCCGAUGAUCAAAAAGCACAAUGGGAUGCAUCUUUCUCUCCCUGAUGCACACGAUACUGACUCUGGCUCACAGCGCGCCUCUUCUGUUGCUGCUUCACGAUUGGAACAGGCCAUGUCUGAAGUAACUAUGCAGAAUACUGCCCUGAGGCAAGGACCUAUGCAACUAUGGACAACUCUUGAACAAAUCUGGCUACAAGCUGCUGAACUCUUCAUGGAACAACGGCAUCUCAAAGAAGCAGGUUUUUGUAUCCAAGAAGCAGCUAGUCUUUUCCCCACAUCUCACACUGUGCUGUACAUGCGUGGGAGACUUGCAGAGAUGAAAGGCAGUUUGGAGGAGGCUAAGCAAUUGUAUGAUGAGGCACUUACAGUGAAUCCAGCUGGAGUGGAAAUUAUGCACAGCCUGGGGCCCAUACUAAGCAGGCUCGGGCGGAGAAGCCUGGCUCAGAAGGUUCUGAGAGAUGCAGUCCAGAUACAGAACACCAAUCACCAAGCCUGGAACAGCCUAGGAGAAGUAUUGCAAGCUCAAGGAAAAAAUGAAGCUGCUGUGGAAUGCUUCCUAACAGCUCUGGACCUCGAAUCCAGUAGUCCUGUUGUCCCUUUCACUGUCAUACCGAGAGAACUAUAAAGCUCUUCCUUUCAGCCAAGCACAGCCCUCCAGUGGGUGGAUGCUAAGAAAUUUACACAGCAGAAACUCUGGGUUAGACAGCAAAAUACAACUGUAAUUUGUAAUUCCGGGAUUGGACUCUGAUCUAUGUGUUUAGCUGAGGAAAAACCCAACCUUAGAACAAGUGACAUAGAGAGGACAAUUUCUUCCGGCUUCAUAGAUGUCUGAUCUGACUCCUGUUGAAGUCAGUGGAAAGACUCCUGUUGAUUUCAGCAGGAGAUGGCUUGGGCCCUAGAUGACUAAACUGACAGUAGUGUAGAUGCUGCUAAAGAGUAGCUGUAAGAAGCACUUGUGCUGAAAACAAAUUUCAUGCACCUUUCAACUUUUCUUGAGAAAGACUUAAUUUAAAAACAACCAUGAGCUAAAUUCAAACCUAGUGUAAGCGUAUGCAACUCUGUUAAAGUAAGUGAAGUUGCCCAACUUACAGCAGAGCCAAAUUUGGCCAUAUAUAUGUAUAUAUAUGUGUGCACACAGACACAUUAGUAGGUGAAGAAUGAUGACAGAAUAAUAGCUGUAGCUCUUAAUACACUUUUUACAAAACUCUUUUAAAAAACCUGCUAAUACCUAUCUUCACCCUGCAGUGCCAUAUUGCAAACACAGUCAAUACUCACAGUAGAUUUUGACUGGACUGAUCUAAUUUAAAAGACACUUUUCUAUGGGCUGCUGUGGUGGCGUGAACCACAGAAGUGGAAAAGUCAAAGGCCUGAUCCAUUCAAUUUUGACUAGUAUUAAAAAUAUUAUUUUCUUUCAAAUUAAAUAUUUAUUGCAAGGCACUUCAUCGGGCCAGCUAGUGUAAACUGUCUGAGCAUCAUUCUUAGUAAUUACAAACUCCAGCCGCUUUUACAGCAAGUAUAUUGCUGAUUUCAGGCAAUGUAUUGUAUGUGUACCCUGUGCUUUACUUUUGCUAUUGUUCUUGACAGAGCUUUUUCCUGCUCAUCUAUAAAACCUAGUGACUGCAUAGAUGAUAAAUGUGUUUAAUUGUU